AUGCAGGCGUAUUAUCGUUCCAACCAUUGGUUUCGCCCGCAGGCCUGUUGGACACAGACAACUGGAUUUCGGCCAACAACUUCAAAAUUCUGUCAAGUGCCUCUUCACACCUAUCUUGGCAGUAAUAUGCGACGUUUGUCAGCAGUGGUUUUAGCGUUUGCCAUCGUCUUCCUCUGUCUAGCCAUUGCCCUACCCGAGUGGCAAUGCGGCGGCCUAUUCGAGUCCUGUACUCGCGGCGGUGGUCGUAGCCGGACUCUCAUGAUCGCGGUGACCGCCCUCCUCGUCAUCGGAACGGCCCUUCUAGCAGUCGUUUUCAUCAUGGAUCUGGUCUUUUUCUGCUCCAGAGUCACCACAGCCGAUGAGCUCAUCGCCCGAUUUGUCAUGCUUUACAUUGGUGCUUCUCUCGUACUGAUCGCGGUGAUUGUCUAUACUGUGCAAACCAGUCAGAAGUGGUCCUACUUCCUCGCUGUUGUCGGCUCCAUUUUCGCAACGCAAGUGGCUAUUCUCGCCACCAUGAUGUCGCGUUGUAGGAGCCGUACUGUGGUUGUUCGUUGA